GCACUACUGGCCACAUUCAAACCUAUCAGAAUGUCUUCUAUUUGAUCGAUAUUUUACUAGUCAAAGGUUUAAUUAAUCAAGAGGUAGAACUGAAGGUUCGAACACCAGAAUCAUCAAUACUGGUCUAUAGCUAUAGAAUUAUUGGCAUUCGUGAUGAUGCUAAGGAGAAAAUUAAAAGAG